AUGAAGAAAUUCCGAUUUUUUAAAAAGAAAAAAGUUGAAGAGGAUACGAGAAAAAUUAAAGCUAAUGAUCCAACAGCAAAUGCAACUAAAGAAUAUGCUGGAAAUGAAAUAUCUACAUCAAAAUAUAAUUUACUAACAUUUUUACCUAAAAAUCUUUUCGAACAAUUUCGACGAUUAGCUAAUGCUUAUUUCCUAUUUCUUCUUUGUCUACAACUUAUUCCACAAAUUAGUUCAUUAGCUCCGAUUACAACUAUAUUACCACUUGUAUUUGUCUUAGCCUUAACUGCAAUCAAAGAUGCUAGUGAUGAUAUUGCUAGACAUCGUAGUGAUCGUCAAGUUAAUAAUCGUGAAACAAAAACUGUUGUUGGAAAAGAAUUAGUAACUAGAAAAUGGAAAGAUAUUAAUGUUGGUGACAUUGUACAAUUAACUAACAAUGAAUUUUUAACUGCAGAUAUUGUUCUAAUAUCAACAAGUGAACCAAAUGGACUUUGUUUUAUUGAAACAGCUGAAUUAGAUGGAGAAAUAAAUCUUAAAGUACGACAAGCAUUAGAAGAAACAGGUGAAAUUGGUGAAGAUAUUGAAAAAUUAUCAAGUUUUGAUGCUGAACUUGAAUAUGAAGCACCGAAUAAUAAUCUUGGAAGAUUUGAAGGAAAUUUAAUAUGGAAUAAUAAAACUCUACCUUUAAAAAAUGAUAAUGUUUUAUUACGUGGUACACGUUUAAAAAAUACACAAUGGGCAUUUGGAAUUGUUUGUUAUGCUGGUCCAGAUACAAAAUUAAUGAAAAAUAGUGGUAAAGCAAAAUUCAAACGUACACAAAUUGAUCAUUUACUUAAUCAAAUUAUUAUUGGCAUUGUCUUUUUCUUAUUAAUUAUGUGUACUAUUAUGACAAUAUGUUGUGGGUUUUGGGAAUCUUUUUUUGGUUAUGAUUACCGUAUGUAUUUACCAUGGGAAACAUAUGUAUCACAAGGUCAAAAACUUGGUGCACUUGAAAAAAGUUUAUUAGUUUUUUUAUCAUAUAUUAUUAUAUUGAAUACUGUUGUACCAAUAUCACUUUAUGUUAGUGUAGAAUUUAUACGUUUAUUACAAUCAAAAUGGAUUGAUUGGGAUAUUAAAAUGUUUUAUGAACCAAAUAAUGUUCCAGCACAAGCACGUACAACAACAUUAAAUGAUGAAUUAGGACAAGUUGAAUAUAUUUUUUCAGAUAAAACAGGAACAUUAACACAGAAUAUAAUGACAUUUAAUAAAUGUUCAAUACGAGGAAAACUCUAUGGUUAUGUGACUGAUAACGCUGAAAAUGAAAUUCAAGAUCCUGAAAAAUUAAAACCAAUUGAAUUCGAAGAAAAAGAUGAAGAAUUUCAAUGGUAUGAUCAAAAAUUAAUCGAUUCUAUUAAAAAUAAUGAUGAAGAUGAACGUCAGUUUUUUACACUUCUAUCUUUAUGUCAUACUGUUAUGCCUGAAGAAAAAGAUGGAAAAAUAAUUUAUCAAGCACAAUCACCUGAUGAAAAUGCACUCGUAUCAGCUGCAAGAUCAUUUGGUUUUGUAUUUGAUAGUCGUACUCAGAAUAGUAUUACAAUUCGUGUACAAGGUCAAGAAGAAACAUAUGAUUUACUUAAUAUACUUGAUUUUAAUAAUGAUCGAAAACGAAUGUCGGUUAUUGUGAAAAAAGAUGGAAAAAUUAUUUUAUAUUGUAAAGGAGCUGAUUCAAAAAUAAAAGAACGUUUAGAUUCAUCAGAAACAGAUAUGAUGGCUCAAACAGAUGAGCAUUUAAAUAAAUUUGCUACCGAUGGUUUACGUACACUUUGUUUAGCAUGGAAAGAUUUAGAUGAAGGAGAAUACAAUAAAUGGGCUGCAGUAUUAAAUAAAGCAAGUACAAGUAUGGAAAAUCGUGAAGAAAAAGUAAAUGAUGCCUAUGAAGAAAUAGAAAAAAAUCUUAAAUUACUUGGCGCUACAGGUAUUGAAGAUAAAUUACAAGAUGGUGUAGCACAAUGUAUUGAACAAUUAUCACGUGCUGGUAUUAAAAUUUGGGUAUUAACAGGUGAUAAAGUUGCAACUGCCUAUAACAUUGGUUUAUCAUGUCGUUUAUUAACAAAUGAUAUGGAAAUAAAUAUUAUUGAAGAAGAUGACGAAAAAGAAGUUGAAAAAAAAUUAGAUGAAGUUCGUAAUGAAAUGAUUAAUAAAAUUGAACAAUUAUUUGAUGUUAAAAUUACUGAUAAAAGAAAACGACUUGAUUGGAACGAUUGGGGUAUCGAUAUAAUGAAAUUUGAUCAACAUAGAAAAGGUUAUAAUAAUAAUAAUAAUAAUAAUAAUAAUAAUAGAGGACAAACAAAAGAGAUAAAUGGACAUAUGCCAUCAACAACAACAGCAGCAAAUGAUUCUAGCCCACAAGAUCGUGAACAAUUUGAAGGUUUUGGUUUAUUAAUAACAGGUCAAGCAUUAGUACAUGCAUUAUCAGAUAAAUUAAAAAUGAGAUUUCUUGAACUUGGUACUAUGUGUAAAGCUGUUGUGUGUUGUCGUGUAACUCCAUUACAAAAAGCUCAAGUUGUUGAAUUAAUAAUGCAAAAUGAAAAAAAAAUUACAUUAGCUAUUGGUGAUGGUGCUAAUGAUGUAUCUAUGAUACAGAAAGCACAUAUUGGUGUUGGUAUUAGUGGACAAGAAGGUCGACAAGCUGUGUUAGCAAGUGAUUUUAGUUUUGGACAAUUUUGUUUUCUUGAAAGACUUUUACUUGUUCAUGGACGUUGGUCAUAUUUACGAUUAUCAAAAUUUUUACGUUAUUUUUUCUAUAAAAAUUUUGCAUUUACACUUUGUCAUUUUUGGUUUGGAUUUUUUUCAGGAUUUUCAGCUCAAACUUUAUAUGAUCCAUUCUUUGUUGCAACAUAUACUCCAGGUCAAAAUAAGGAAUUUUUUAAUAAAAAAAUCUUUGCUGAAAGUGUUAUACAUGGAAUAUUAACAUCAUGUAUAAUAUUCUUUGUUCCAUAUUUAUCUGUAUCAAAUAGUACUCGUCCAAAUGGUAUAACACAAGCUGAUUUACAAUCAUUUGCUUUUUUAGUUGCAACAAUAAUGGUUAUUGUUGUUAAUUUACAAAAUGCACUUGAAAUAUGGUAUUGGACAGGUUUAUAUCAUUUUGUUGUAUGGGGUACAAUUAUUGUACAUUUUCUAUUUCAUUUUGCAUUAUAUUCAACAUUUAUAAUUAAAAUAUUUAAAAAAAAUUAUCAUUAUGUUGGUGUAGCACAAUCUGUUUUAACAACUGGAAAUUUUUGGUUUACAUUAUUAUUAACAUGUGCAAUAUUACUUUUACCUAUAUUUUGUCGAGAAUUUCUUCGUAUGCGUUUUAUGCCAAAUAAAACUGAUCGUGCAAGAUUAAAUAGAAAAUAUCGUAUCGACGAAAAAGCUGCAUUUGUUGCACAUAUUAAACAAAGACUUCGUGAAACUAAACGAGCUGUACGAUCAGGUUAUGCUUUUUCACAACAAGAAGGUUGGGGUCCAUUGAUUACAUCGGGACGAAUGCAAUCAAAAUCAGCUUUACGUCGAAGAGCAGGAACUGCUAUUAAUAGAGUUUCCCCAACAACAACAACUGACUAUGAAACAUCUCAAAUGCUCAAUUCAAAUGAUGAACAUUUAUUAAAAGAUGAAAAAGAUUCCUCAGAAACAUCUAUUCCAAAAAUAAUGCCGAGAGGAAAUCGACCAAAACCUUCUACUAAAUUAAUUUCCGAAGAAAUUUUGAAAGAAAUUAAAUCGUAUCGUCCUUUACGUUUAUUUAUUAAUAAACAAAAAAGAAAAGGAAAUGUAGAUAAUCCAUUUACUUUACGAGUUAAAUUUUGUCAACUACCACAAGAUAAACAAGCAAGAUAUUUGCAAAGAUCAGUCGAUAAAUAUAUUCAAUUACUUGAUGAAAACGAUAUCGAUGAGAAUAUACAAACAGAAUGUAAAUUAUUCGAUUAUUUAUUAAUAAAAAGUGAACAAAAGAAAUAUUUUCAAUCAAUUAGUGCUCCAACAAAACCACCAGGAACAGCAGUACCUUAUUAUACUCAAGUUGCGAAACAAGAAAAUGAUGAUGAUGAUAGUGAACCAGCAUGGAAAUCAUUGAGUAUAAAUGAAAAACAAAAUUAUAAAAAGAUGAGAAUAGAUGCUAAAGUUGAAUAUUUAGCUCAAGUAAGGAAUUUUGCUAAUGAUUUACCCGAACGUCUUCGACCGGAUUAUUUAUUAUUUGUUGAACAAUCGCCAAAUAAACGUCAAUUGAUUGAUACUUCCUAUGUUAACGAUCAUGACGAUACAAUUACUUCCAGAUCCAUUCGUCAACGUCGUAAAUCUUUAACAUCUUUACCUGACAGUUUACAACCAUCAAUAACAACAAAUGAUAGUCAUACAAAAUUAACUAAAGUUCAACUUCAUGCAUUACAUAAAUGUAUGCCGAGUACUCUUUACUAUGAAACAAAUAUUUCAGAUAAAGAUAAACCAACAUUUACAAAAGCAAUGACAAAAAAUGCCUAUAUGCGAUCAUUAUUUAAUCAAUUAGAUGAAAAUGAAAAAUUAAAAUAUAUUUCAAAAUCAAUUAAAAAAUGGAAUGAAUUUCUUGAAUCAAAUUCAAAUAUAAUUGAAAAUCAAAUACCAACAUUACAUUUAUUAUUAUGUAAAAAUGAAGAUAUAAUUUUAUUUUUUUCUUCUAUUGGUUUACCACAACGUCCACCAAUAAAUAGUUAUCUUUUAUAUAAUCACGAAAAAGAAGAAACAGGUUCACAACAAUCAUGGACUGAUUUAUCUCAAACACAACGAAAUGAAUAUGCUCAACAAUUAAUGGAAUUAAAAAAUCAAUAUUAUGAAAAACUUGUCGAAUUUGUUGAUCAAAAUUUACCAUCAGAUUAUAUGAGAUAUGAAUUUUUUCGUAAUGUUAAAUAUGCUAUAAAAGAUUAUGAAUUAGCUUCGAAAAGCGAAAUCAUUGAUAAAAAUACUGGACGAUUUAAACUUCUUGAAUCUCAUCUACAAAAGAUGAUGAAAGCUAAUGAUAUGAAUCAAUUCAAUCAAAUAAAACAACGAUUAUUAUCAACACGAUUAACAAAUGAACAAAAACAUUUGGUUGAAGAACUUUCGCAAGUAUUGUAUAAAUAUAUACAAUAA